CCCCACACGGCUGUUGAAUAAUGGACGCGGACUCAAAACGUGAUUGGCAUCGUGAAAAAGUACGCGGAUAACAGAAAUAAACGCAAAUAAAUCCUUCAAGGAAAACCGGGUGAAAAAAACAACUCUUAGCUCGGAAAUAUUUGCAAGUGUGGCUUACCUAAAAAGCAAUAAUGACAACCCUCGUUCUUGAUAACGGAGCAUAUACUGCCAAAAUAGGAUACAGCCACGAGAAAGUCAGCGUCAUCCCAAAUUGUCAAUUUCGGUCAAAGACGUCGAGAUUGAAAACAUUUACUGCUAAUCAGCUCGAUGAAAUAAAAGAUCCAUCUGGACUUUUCUACAUACUACCCUUCCAGAAGGGCUAUCUGGUGAAUUGGGAUGUACAGCGGAAAGUAUGGGAUCACCUGUUUGGAAAGGAAAUGUUCAAGGUGGACUUUGCAGACACAAGUAUAGUGAUCACAGAGCCCUAUUUUAACUUUACGUCAAUUCAGGAAUCUAUGAAUGAGAUCCUGUUUGAGGAAUACCAGUUUCAAGCAGCUCUUCGGAUUAAUGCUGGGUCAUUGAGCGCACACCGAUACUUCUAUGAGAACAGCUCAGAGUUGUGCUGCAUCGUGGUGGACAGCGGCUUCUCUUUCACACACAUCAUUCCCUAUUGCAGGGGCAAGAAGAUGAAGGAUGGAAUCUGCAGGUUGAAUGUGGGUGGAAAACUGCUGACCAAUCACUUAAAAGAGAUCAUUUCAUACAGGCAGUUGCAUGUCAUGGACGAGUCCCAUGUGAUCAAUCAAGUCAAGGAGGACGUGUGCUAUGUUUCUCAGGAAUUCUACAAGGACAUGGAAAUAGCUCAGUUAAAGGGGGAGGAGAACACAGUGAUGAGAGACUAUGUGCUUCCUGAUUUCAGCUCCAUUAAGAAGGGCUACUGCAAGCCCCACGAGGAGAUGAACUUCACAGGCAAGUACAAACCCGGUGAGCAGAUACUCCGGCUGGCCAACGAGCGCUUUGCUGUGCCAGAGAUGCUCUUUCAUCCCUCUGACAUCGGCAUCCAGGAGAUGGGCAUCCCAGAGGCAGUGAUCAACUCCAUCCACAACAUGCCGGAGGAGAUGCAGCCUCACUUUUUCAAGAACAUUGUGCUCACUGGGGGCAACACGCUGUUCCCGGGCUUCAGAGACAGAGUGUACAAAGACAUCCGCUCCUUCGCUCCCACCGACUUCGAAGUAUCUGUGGUGUCGCCGCCCAAUCCCAUCUGUUAUGCGUGGGAAGGGGGUAAGCUCUUGUCAGAACACCCAGACUUUGAAGAAAUGGUUGUCACUCGAGAAGACUAUGAAGAAAACGGACAUUUCAUCUGUGAAGAAAAGUUUGAUAUUUAAAGCACAUUCCAAGCAGCAACAUCAGACUGGUGAAACGAUGACUCAAAAGUGUUUCAGCAGUACUGCUAUACAGUCCAAUGUGCUGAAUUACAUUAAAUGCACUUCUGCUGCUAGCUGUAUUUGGGUUUAGUGUAAAUUGUAUAGAUAUUCAAAAUCAUUUUUUAGUUUUUUUUUUUUAAAACCUAAAUGCAUUUGUUGUUUAAGAAACUCAUUGUGAAUUUACAGUUUUUGCAGGCUGGCUUUUUACGUUACAAUUGAACACAAGACUGUACAUAAUAAAUUCCAGUAAGAUGUGUUAAAAGUUUAUCUUGUCUGAAUAUGGAUGUAUACAGACUUUUUGCACCUACAGCCUUCUUACAAAAUAAAACUGAAUCGAGGAUGAAAUGGUUAA